AUGCUGCUGCUGCACAUACUACUAUUCAUUGCGACGCCAGCAGCCGCGUUGCUUGGCGCGCGCCUCACACACUGCCUCGACCUCGCGGAGCGACCCUUCGCGGACGGCACGUUGCCGAGAGGCCUCGUCGCGGACGUUGGUUGCGAUCACGGCUACCUGGCCGCAGAGCUCGCAGACAGGGGUCGCACCGUCGCGGCCGUCGACGUUGCAGAGGCCCCACUGGACGGUUGCCGGCGCCAUUUCGCGGAGCGCGGCCUCGAACCGGCGGCGUACGUGCUCGGCGACGGCGUCGCGGCGGUCCAGGCGGACGAACGCUUGGAAUGGUGCGAGACCGCAAUCGUCGCCGGCGUUGGACCUCGUACCGCCUCGGCCGUCGUCGAAGGCGCUUGUGCUGGCCCCGCGCCACCGCCGCGGCGCUUUGUGCUCCAACCAGCUCAGUGCUGGAUCGGCAACGUGCGGAGCCUGCGCGAAACGCUCGCGAAGAACGGCUACGGCGUCGCCGAGGAACGCUGGUUAGACGACAACGGACCCAACCAGCGGCCGAACGGGCGUCGUUUGCUCGUCACGAUCCGGGCCGACCGCGACGCGGCCGCCGCGCCGUCCGAUACGGAGUUGCUUGUGGGUCUCCCGAGCGCCGAUGCCGCGCGCCGCUCAUACGUCAAACACCACACACAAUGGGUCGAGGACGUCGCGAAUCAUCCGCGCGACUCGCGGAAGCGGCGCGAGGCGGCGCGCUGGCUGCCUCUCCUCCGAAGCGAGCUCCUGUAA